AUGCAUUCAUUUGAUAUUGACCAACCUUCGUCAGGACUCAAGGACAACACGUUAGUAUAUCAGGGGCAAGUACUCAAAAAUGGGGUGCACUCGAGCGAGCUUCCGAGCAAUCCGAAUAGUUGGCAGAAAAAUCUUGAUGACGAUGAGGUUGCAGUCCUGAGCCUACGAAACCUGAUCUUUGACAUCUGCAAUCACAAUGGUGGUGGUCACGGUGGCUCAGCCAUUGGUAUGAGUGCAAUUGGAGUCGCUCUUUACAAACAUGUGAUGAGGUACAAUCCCAUGGACUCCGAAUGGUUUGAUCGUGAUCGUUUUGUUCUCUCGAAUGGUCACUGUGCCAUGUUUCUCUAUGCAUUAAACUAUCUAGUUGGAUAUCCAAACUGGACCAUGGAAGAAAUCAAAGGGUAUGGAAGUGCAAAAACGAACGGGUAUAAAACUAUUUGCCAUGCCCAUCCUGAGAUCGAGGUACCUGGGAUUGAAGUAACGACAGGGCCCCUAGGUCAAGGUAUCGCAAAUGCCGUGGGGCUAGCAAUAGCCUCUAAGAACCUCGCAGCCCAGUACAACGAGCCGGGAUAUGAUGUCAUCAAGUCUCGAAUUUACUGUGUGUCUGGCGACGGCUGCUUGAUGGAAGGAGUCGCAUUAGAAUCCAUAUCUUUAGCUGGCCAUCUUCAGCUUGAUAACCUUGUCCUCGUCUACGACAACAAUGCGGUCACCUGCGAUGGGCCUCUCGACUGGAUCAAUACAGAGAACGUCAAUCAGAAAAUGGAAGCCUGUGGUUGGUAUGUUCUAGACAUUGCUGAUGGAAGUUAUGAUGUCAAGCAAAUCGCCGAGGCGUUGCAGACAGCACAAGGUUUAAAAGGUCGGCCAGUCUUCAUCAACAUAAGGACGAUUAUUGGGUUGGGGACCCAAGUUGCCGGCACAGCGAAAGCACACCAUGGUGUCUUUGACGAUUUAAGCGUGCGGAAAUCCAAAGCCCUAAAUGGACAAGACCCUUCAGCCACCCAUCAGGUUCCUUCGAAAUCAUUGGAGUAUUUCCGUGAGAGACAAAUAUAUGGACAGGGCUUACAAACUGAAUGGAAUUCUUUAAUUCAGAAAUAUGGAGAAAAAUUUCCAGAGAAAGCAUCUGAUCUUGCGGCUAGGAGACAAGGAAAACUUGGAACUCGGUAUCGAGAAAUCCUUGAGGACCUUGAUUCGGCUCGUUUCCAAGGUCUAGCAACUCGAGAUGUGAACGGAAUUCUGAUUGAAGAGCUAUGGCCUGUUUGCCGUGCUUUGUGUGGGGGUGGUGCCGAUCUUGUAAACUCAAACAAGGUUUACUAUGCUGAUACAGAUGUGUUCCAUCCCUUGACCAGCUACAGCGGACGUUAUAUCAGAUAUGGGAUACGAGAACACGCUAUGGCGUCGAUAUCAAACGGUAUUGCUGCUUACAAUCCCGGGACUUUCUUACCCAUUACGGCCACAUUUUUUAUGUUCUAUCUCUAUGCUGCUCCGGGUGUGCGCAUGGGUGCACUUAGUCAUCUCCAGGUCAUUCACUUUGCAACGCAUGACUCUUUUGCAGAGGGACAGAAUGGACCUACGCACCAACCUGUGGAGCUUGACUCACUUUAUCGAGCGAUGCCGAAUUUGCAAUAUAUCCGACCUUGUGAUGGGGAAGAAUUGAUAGGGGCUUGGAAAAUUGCUCUAGAGUCACGAAAUACACCCUCGAUACUAUCACUUGGCCGUGACCCGGUUGGACAGAUUCCAAACACAAGUCGUUCAAAGGUUGCAAAGGGAGCUUACGUUCUUCUUGACCCUCAUGACGCUAAACUCACCCUGGUCAGCUGCGGCACAAAUCUACACUACGUAGUGGCAGCUGCAGCGACCCUUGGAGCCGAAGGGCUAUCAACUCGGGUAGUCAGUGCUCCGUGCUUCGAUCUGUUUGACAAGCAAGAUCGACAAUAUCGAGAUCACGUUUUUCCUUGCGAUGGUAAACCAAUCAUUAGUGUCGAAGAAUACGUGGCAACUAUCUGGGCGAGGUAUACAACAGCGAGCAUUGGGAUGACAGGAUACGGAUACUCUGCUUCGAAUCUCAGCAAUUACGAACGCUUCAUGUUGGAUGAAAAGGGCAUCGUCGAGCGAGUCAGAAGCUAUAUUUCUGAUCUCGGGGGCUCGAAUGCUCGCAUGUCUGGUUGGACUCAAAUAUAA